GCAGCCUCGGCAGGCGAAGCCGGGCGUGAGGGGAAGGGGGGGGCUGCGUGUUUCCGGAAGACGUGGCGGCUGCGGCGGCGGCGGUCGGAGCUCCCGCUCUUUCGGCGGCUUCCUUGGACCUCUUUCGGCUUCCCCCUUAGAGAGCUCCGGGGCUCCUUCUCCCGCCGACACCAUGAUUUCCCUCACGGAUACUCAGAAAAUUGGAAUGGGGCUUACAGGUUUUGGAGUGUUUUUCCUCUUCUUUGGAAUGAUCCUAUUUUUCGACAAAGCACUUUUGGCUAUUGGAAAUGUUUUAUUUGUGGCUGGUCUGGCAUUUGUGAUUGGUUUGGAAAGAACAUUCAGAUUCUUCUUUCAGAAACAUAAAAUGAAAGCAACUGGCUUCUUUCUGGGUGGUGUACUUAUAGUUCUUAUUGGUUGGCCCUUGAUAGGAAUGGUCCUUGAAAUUUAUGGCUUCUUCCUUUUAUUCAGGGGCUUUUUCCCUGUGGUGAUCGGUUUUAUCAGAAGAGUGCCUGUUCUUGGAUAUCUCUUGAAUUUACCGGGCAUAAGCUCACUUGUAGACAAAGCUGGAGAAAGCAACAACAUGGUAUAAUGACAAGAGUGCUGAAGACUGGUUCUAAACUCACAUUAUUUAUAAGCUGUCCUUGAAGAAAAGAUCAGCACAAAGAUUAUGUUGUAUACAAAGGCAAAGUUUGUAAUGGUCUUGAUGUAAGUUUUUAAUUUACACCAUAGUCUACCAAAAAAAAAAAAUCUUUAGCAAAGAAAAAUGGAACCACUGUGCACCAAGACUUGCAGCUUCAGGAAUUCUGUCAACUAAACUGAAGAAAAACUCAAGCGGAAGACCAUGGUAUUAAACUGUUCAAGACUGCUGAAUACUUUCGGAGUUUGAGCUAAAUGGAGCAGCCACACCCGUGGAACUAACAGUGCCUGUAACUUUUACCUCCUCCUUCUGAAGGUAUAACAGAGCAAACAACGGUCUGUUUUUAAGACAAGACCCUGCCUACCCUGCCAAACCUCCUGUUUCCUCUCCUGCCAUGGAAGAAAUCUCCCCAUCUUUUCUUCCAUUGAAAGCAAGAAGUUCCCAUAAAGGUGAGGUGCAUGGUGUUUAAGAUGGAUUUUCAUCUUCAACUGUACUCAUUAGCAGAGGAUUUCACUACAAAGUUCUGCUGUAUUCAACUCUUUGUAAAUAUAUGGCUGAAAUAAAACUUAGUAGCAAAUUAUUUAAAGCCAGAUGUAAAUUCUAAUUAGGUAUGUGUUUACCCUUGGAAUAUGCAAAAAGACUUUUUUUUAAAAAAAAACUUCAGUCUUAAACCACUCCUGGUUUUGAUAUCAGUUUGUUUGUCAGGGGUUAUGGCGAACAACUUUUACACUCCUUGGCUAUCUGGCCAGAUCCAUGUUACAUGCAUUUGCAAAGGGGAUGUAGCUUUUUCCAUUGAAUAAACUUUGUAUACGUCA